AAUAGCUCAGUCUGAUAAGGCUGAUACUCAAAACAUAUCAUCUAAUAUUUUGUUCCCAUAAUUGGUAAAAUGGCUGAAUCUGGUAAAAUACGAGAAAUCGAUUCUGUCGAUUCCUCAGAUGAAACUGCAGAAUUUUCAGAUGCAAACGAUCAAAUUUCAGUUCGAAAAGCAUUACAAGUAUUGAGGCCUUCGAUGCCUGGGACGGUACAAGAAUUUGGUAAAAAUAUUCUCCAAAGUCUAGUGAAACAUUCAGAAAAACAUGGAACUGUGGUAGCUCCAACAUUCGUUUUCAAGCAAACCAUUAAUGAAGGGGACAAUAUAGAAACCAGUAUUGGUGGAAGUUCUGAUUUUACGCUUGAUCGAAGCAGCAAUACAUAUGAAAAAACCUCAACAACUAAGAAAAAGGCAGCAAAGUCUAAUGAUGCAGUAGAAAAUGAAACUAAAGGAGAAAUACCAUUCCAUUUUAAAGAUUCAAUUCGCGUCGAUCAUAACCUGUUCCUGCUUUAUAAUGAAAGGCUAGCAAAGUAUGGUGAAGUUUACAGAGGCUUGCAGACUCAUAAAGGUUCUCGAGGAUUCGAUACAAUCGCCAUAAAAUCUAUCAAACUCAGCGAUGAAAAUAGGAAAGAAGUGGAAAUCAUCCGAAAGCUUCGUUCCCACCCAAAUGUGAUAACUGUCCUCCAAUCUGGGACUUAUUUCCUUGGUCCAAUAGAACAUUUAUUCAUCGCAAUGGAAUACUUUAAAUCUAAAACCUUGACAGACUUUGUCAAUGACGAUCCAAAGCCUAAGACUGACGAAGUCAAACAUAAACAAAUAGAACAAUUUGUUGAAGCUGUCGAUCAUAUCCACAUUAACGAAGUUCUACAUCGCGAUCUUAAACCAGAUAAUAUCUUGGUAUCGGACAAUGGGAGAAUUCUCAAAAUAAUUGACUUUGGUUUGGGAAAACAGUUAAGAAAAGGACAUUUUGUAACCAAAAUGAGCACUUUACGUGUUGGCACUGAUGGUUGGAGGGCCCCGGAAAUAUACCUUUCUGACAGUUGUUCUAAACAAUCGGACAUAUUUUCUUCCGCACUCGUAAUCCAUUUCAUUUCGACCGAUGGUUCCCACCCAUUCGGUAAUGACCCUGAUAGUUGGAAUCUCAAUAUCAAACGAUAUCAAGGAUGUGACCUGAGCAAACUAGAAGGGGACCUAGAGGAUUUGGUUGGUUGGAUGCUCAGAUUCCGACCACAGAAUCGUCCAAAUACCGAACAAAUUCGAAAACAUAAAUACUUUCAUGGUCAACUUGUUUGCCCUCAUCCCAAACUGAGUUCUGUAGUACGAAGCUCUCCAGAGAAGGAAGUUGUAAAAGUCAGAGAAGAGUUUGAAGAAAGAAUGAAGCAGAUGGAAUUAAAAAAUGAACAAGAAAAGAGAGAUGCGGAGAGAAUGCGAAGAGAGCACGAAAAGGAAAUGAAGCGGAUGCAAGAAGAAAAGAGAAAAAUGAAAAUUGAGAUUGAAAAGCUCAAAACUGGAAAGAAAGGUGCAGAAUCUCAGUCUCCAAGUCAAACUACUUCUGGUCUAAGAAUCAUCAACCAACAACCACCUGGUGGGAUGCUGUUAUGGAAUGUGUUGGAAGAAUCACUGCCAGGAUAUGAAGGAUGGAAGACUCUUGUCAUCACCUACUCAUUUCAUGCUGGAAGUCUGGAGGGUAUUUCAUAUGAAGCUCAAGAAUUGAAGAAUGAAUAUUUGCCGUGGGAUGAUGGACUGAUAUGUUUCAACUUACUCAGACAAGCAUUCAAUGCAGGAUUGAUUUUCAAGAUUCAGGAAGUUGGUGACAGAAGAGGAAAAAUUGUUUGGAACGAUGAGUUUCCUCAUAAGACUAAUAAAACUGGAGGACCCGAGAACAAUGGAUAUCCUGAUCCAAACCAUACAAUGAAACUGAAAAAAGCAUUGGAGACGAAAGGAUUUGAGUAUGAUGGAUCAAUAUGGUAAAUCUGAUUCCACUUCUUCCCGCAUACAAUACUGAACGGAGAUGUUGAACUCGCCUUCAUUAAAACUUUAUCAAAGACCAAAGCAAUAAUGCCAUUGCAGCCAUAAUGAAAGUAUAAAAAUAUUAAUAUUAUGAGAAAAUAAAUUAAUCAGAAUUGUAUUUGUGCCAUUUCCGUGAGACUUGUAUAAUAAAUGUGCUGUCAUCGCAGAUUACACAUCUCAAGUUUAAAUUCUACGGCCCAACUCACCAAGAGUGUAUUAGAUUUAAUAGGCAAUGUUGAACGGAAAAGAUUCUGGUACUUUCAAAUAAAUAGUAGCUCCGCACAUAUUGUUAGAUAUCAGUGGCCGCCAAAAAUUAGGAUUUUUGGGGCAUUUUUUGAUAAUUUUUGUGGCUACCAUUGCCCUAAACAAGCAUCCAAUGAGAUAUAUGGAACUUCUAUAUUGCACGAAUGAUUCCUGUUUAUCACUGUAUAUAACACUCUGGGUGCGGUGGUGAUUGAACUUGGAGGUGGUGGGUGUAUGACCUGGGUUCUUUAGUCAGACAUUUCAACAUAGUCAAGUCCAAAACACUACGCUAAUAGGAUGGUUGCAUUGCCAAUAUAUUAGAUUUGGUGGAAUCAAUCAGCAUUAUUAUUAAAACAUUAAUUAUUUGCAUAAAUUAUAUACUAUUAUGUGAUCAAUUAUAAGAUUAAUAUAUGUUGAAUUAGCUGGCAUUUUUGUGUCAGUCACUCUACUUUAAAAUUGGCUCGAAAAUUCCUGGUUAUGCCCAUUGGUUCAUAAUUUGGCCAAAAAUUAAUUAUUCAAGUCCAAAUUGAUUUAAAAUGUCCAACCCAACCUUGUGUAAUUGAGCUCAUGAAUUAGGCUGUAUAAAUAUCCUAUUUCUGCUCUGGGUCCUUAUUGUCGACCACAUCUAAAUGUAUUAGUAAUCGAAACAUCUUUAAUUUUCAAUGUCAUUCUUAUGCAUUUUAUUAUAUUACUUUUAUGAUAUAUUGUAUAAUUAUUCCAUAGGUUCCCCACUGCUGCUGUUAAUUAUACCACAUUCCAUCCAAACAAUUCUUCUGAGCUUCUAAUUGCCAACCACCGCUGUAUAUAUCUAUCAAUAUCCUAUAGCAAUUUUAUGUAUUAUUUUUAUAAUUGCGAAACCAAGCGCAGUUCUGUAUAAUAUAGGGUACUACCGAAGUAUGUGAACCAAGA